UCCUCUCCUCUCAGCGGUCAGAUGCUGGCUGAUCUGUCAUCACAGUAGUGUAAUCGAUCGUUAUUUACCGGAUCAAUAACAGUUAUCAGAGCGGGAUGAAGCUUCUCUGCAGUGGAUCGAUCGGGUUUCUCCUGCUUCUCUUCUUUCUUCCAGUUUACUUGGCCGCUCAUGGGCGCUAUGCUCAGAAGCUGAUGAGCGACUUGUUCUCCAACUACACCAACGCCUUGCGGCCAGUAGAGGACACUGAUCACAUCAUCAACGUCACACUGCAAAUCACUCUCUCCCAGAUCAUCGACAUGGACGAGCGGAAUCAGAUUCUGACUACCUACCUGUGGAUCCGCCAAGUUUGGAUGGACGCCUACCUCACCUGGAAGAAAGAGGACUAUGACGGCCUCGAUACCAUCCGCAUCCCCAGCAGCUACGUUUGGAGACCAGACAUCGUCCUGUAUAACAGUGCGGACGACGAGUUCUCCAGCUCAAUGGAGACCAACGUGGUUCUUCGUAACGACGGUCAGGUCAUGUGGGACCAGCCAGCCAUCACCAAAAGCUCCUGCUCUGUAGAUGUGGCAUUCUUCCCCUUUGAUUUGCAGGAGUGUCACCUAACCUUUGGCUCCUGGACUCACAACGGCAACCAGAUGGACUUGUUCAAUGCUUUAGACAGCGCAGACCUGGCCGACUUUGUCCCCAAUGUGGAGUGGGAGGUUCUGGGCAUGCCAGCCAAGAAGAACGUCAUCCUGUAUGGUUGCUGUUCGGAUCCCUACCCGGACAUCACCUUUACCCUCCACCUAAAGAGACGUGCCUCCUUCUACAUCUUCAACCUCCUCAUCCCCUGCAUGAUGAUCUCCUUCCUGGCUCCGCUGGGCUUCUACCUGCCGGCCGACUCGGGUGAAAAGGUUUCUCUGGGUGUCACGGUUCUGCUGGCUCUCACUGUGUUUCAGUUACUGGUGGCCGAGAGCAUGCCGCCCUCUGAGAGCGUCCCGCUGAUAGGAAAGUACUACAUUGCUACCAUGACGAUGGUCACUGCUUCAACAGCGCUCACCAUCUUCAUCAUGAACAUCCACCACUGCGGACCCGAGGCUGGGCCCGUCCCACGAUGGGCCGAACGCUUCAUCCUUAACUACCUUGCUCGCAUCUGUUUUGUCUACGAGGUCGGUGAGAACUGCCUCAGCGGGACUUCAUCCAGGAAACAGCCUCUGUCGCAGGAGGAGUCUGAAACCCCAUCAGCCAAUGGCGGCAACGCCAAAGACACAAACUGGGAUGUGAACGGGCAGGUGUGGGCAGGGAGGGUGGAGGACAAUAGGGCUGGGGAUUUGAUCAACCAAACGGACUGGAAGGAGGAUCUGUUUGUGAUCAUCGACCACUCGGAGGAGGAAGGAGCUGCUAGAGGACAUGAAGGGGAGCAGGAGGACUCAAACAGUGCCAGUGGAGGAGGAGGAGGAGGGGGAGGGGAGGAAGAGCAUGUGGAAGAGAAAAAAGGCGUAGGAGGUGAACGGGGAGGCGGAGCUGGGCAGAACAGGAGGGAGAUCUUGGUGAGAACCCAGUGUGUGUGCUCACAUCAGGGGCUGCGCAAGAACAUUGAGUACAUUGCCAACUCAUACCAGGACCAGCGCGCCGGACAGCUGCGCAUCGGGGAGUGGAGGAAGGUCGCCAAGGUCAUGGAUCGCUUCUUCAUGUGGCUCUUCUUCAUUAUGGUCUUCUUCAUGAGCAUCCUCAUCCUGGGAAAAGCCAUCUGAUGGAGAUCCGGCUUCGAAGAAUCACGUGAGAGGGUGUAGGAGCUGGUACACCGAUAAAAUAUUGUCCAUUAAAAUCAGUCUUCAUCUUGUCGAAAUAAGUGAUCAAUUUUGUUCAAAUAUUUGAAUUUUUGUUGGGUUUACAGGCUCAAUCCACCAUUUUUCCGUGCAGCACAUCAACCCGCCUUAAAUUUUAUUGUUUGGGUGUCAAUGGAGCUGUGGAUAAGACAAAUGCCUUGCUGUGGGCGAUCUGGGUUUGAUUCCCUUUGUGACAUCCACCAAUGUGUCCCCCAAGAAAGACACUUAACCCCUAGUUUCUCCAGACCUCUGACAUACAUAGCAAAUAAGUUGCUUUGGAUAAAUGACUAAUUAUUAUUAUCGUCUGGUAUCUUUUCAAAUAAUGUCUUCCAUCAGAAUUUAAAAAAUGUAGAUAUGUGGGUUUGCACAAACUGUCAGAAGAUCUGUUUGUCUAAAAUUGUAUGUUGUAGCACUACGAUUUCCCUUAAGAAACACCACACCAUGAAAAAACAGCCCCUGACAAAAGUAUUGGGACAGGGGUGUCCCGGUACUUUUGUCUAUUUAGUGUAUCUCUGACUACUUCUUCUGUCUGGGUGACAUGUCCAGAAAUAUGUGAAAAAUCCUGGUAUAAAACAUUAAAAACAACAACUAAUUUCAGGAGUUGUUGAUUCAUCCACGUAGAAAUCUGUAUCCAAACAUACCAGGUGUCUCAAAAUGGAACGUCCUCCUCACUAAUGGUUAAAACUAUAAACCAGCAGAAGAAUGACAAUUACAAACGUGGACCAGCAUGUUCUGAACAGACAGUACAGACACUAGGUUAUGAACAUACAACAACUCAAGAGGUGAGCUGAACUUUUCUCUGCAGCGGCCAACAAGCGAUUCUCCUCUUCUGUAGUCACACGCAGAGCUGAGCUUUAUUAUGACGUCAUGGCUUCUUAUGCCUUCCUGUAUCUGCUGCUGUCUCUUCUUCUGCAUCAGUGAAGUUAACAUGAUGAUCUUCUGAUACUGUUUCUAAUAGUUAUAGUGGAUGGGCAGAUGUGGAAAGCAUGGAACACGUGUUUUAUCAUUUCAUAUAUAAUCAUAUAUCGUUUACAUAGUGUAUAAUAGAUCACCAGAUUUGCUCACAGCAUGUGUAGAAAAUACAACAGACGCCUAAACUAUCGCUGCACAGAGCAGAAUCGAGAUCUGCCUCGCUGCCGGAACGGACAGCUGCCUCAGAAGGCAUCACUUUCAAGUGAAGGCAUAUUUCAAACGGCCUUCUAGGGCAGCACUUACGGCAACACGUGACGUCAGCACGCCGUCUUGCCUCUCCUCUGGCUGUCAGAAGGGACGCUAGCCUUAGAAUCAGCUAACUAGCUAUUGAAAAGCCAAACAGCUGACAGACAGAAAUCCUACUGAACAAACUUGGUUGGUUACAGUCACGGGCUGAUAUGAUAGGUCAGUGUCUAGUUCUUGCAAACUUCCCUAUAGCCAAGCGAGAAAACUGCUAAAAACCUUUUUAAAAACAUAUAUUUGUAGACAAAUUUAGCUUGUUUGUCCGCCAUCUUGAUCAUGUUUCAUAAGCUGCCGCAGCCGCGCUGGUUUAUGGGUGAUAGGCAGCAUCAAUGCUGCCUUCAAUACCGGCUGUUACUGGGGCAGUUUGAAGGCGUCUUAAGAGACAGGAAGAGAUCGUUCAAGACAUUUGGAACAGCACUCGAUGCGUCGCUGUCCUGUUAGAAACCUGCUGAGACAGCAGUUCAAACCGUGUAGAGCACAGCCCACUUCUUAGAUUUGCCAUAGUCAAGUAGGAAUUUCUGUAAUGUUGCCACGGUAUGCGAUGCGCUUCAGUUUACGGCCUCCAUCUGUUUGUGAUGAUCAAUUUGUUAACAUGAAGCGAUGACUGAUCUGCUCUGCAGCCAACUCACUACGUCUCACAGCUGAACACACUCACAGUCGCCACACGUUUUUAUAUGAAUAUCUUUGAGUGUUGUUAAAUUUUGACUUUAAAAUGCAUGCAGCCUUGAAGAAAAGUAUUACUCACAUUGAAAUGGACGAUAUCUGGAACUGCAAUUAACAAUAAUUUUUUUCUAUUUGUCAAUCUUUUUUAGUACACUAUAAAAUGCAAAAUAUGGCCGUAUUCUCACCUCAAGUCUAGAAGCUUAAAUCACCUGAAGUUUGAAAAUUAAAAUUGGACAAAUCUCUUACACUUCAAUUAUCAUAACAGUUACUCGGAAAAGCAAUGUAUAAAGGGGAGGACGUCACAGUUUAAUGCCACACAUGAGUUUACUUUAGUGUCACUCACUGCAUGACCAUUCAUCAUAUCUGCACCUGCAAAAUGUUUGACGAAAGUGAAAAAAACGUUUUGGCCUGAAUCAAAAAAAUGUUACUCAACUUUCAUUUUUUGUUUGUGUUCUUCACAAUGUAAAAACAAGAAAUGCCAAAUUCUUCACUUUGACUACUUGUUGUUUAUCCUGUUUGUGUGGUGCAUUUGUCAAAAGACAUAUUUACACGUGACACAGAGUUAAUACCAUGAACUACAUUAAAGAUUUCUUAUUAAAACAACUUUGUUUACUAGAA